CGGGCCGGGCCCAUGGCGGCGUCGGCGGCCCUGUCCGCGGCGGCGGCGGCGGCGGCCCUGUCGGGCCUGGCGGUGCGGCUGUCUCGCUCGGCCGCGGCCCGCGGCUCGUACGGCGCCUUCUGCAAGGGGCUCACGCGCACGCUGAUCACCUUCUUCGACCUGGCCUGGCGGCUGCGCGUGAACUUCCCCUACUUCUACAUCGUGGCCUCGGUGAUGCUCAACGUGCGCCUGCAGGUGCGGAUCGAGUGAGCGCCCGCGACCACCGUCGCCCGGCCACGACGGCAGGGGCGCCGGCAUGAAGCUCCGCGGGGCCCAGGGCCGCCGGGACGCGGCGGGGGAAGGAGAAGGGGCGGCCCGGGCCCCCGGACCCUAGACCUCGGCGGAGGUCACGGCCACCGAGCCCCAAGCCCCGGCUGUGGUCACCCACGUCGCGGCCGGUGACGAAGUGCACAGAAACUCGCGAAGCGGGCCCUUUCCAUCGCACUCGAGAAAAUUACUUGAGUGCGGCCGACCUGUUGCCUCACCUUGGCCGAAGUGGGGAGGAGAAGGAAGAAAUUCUGCAGCAGGAACGUGAAUGACUGGCCCUGACCGAAGAGCCCUUUGCACGCCGGCCUCCCGCCUGGUCUCUGGGGCCAGGGGACUGCUCUCUGCCUGCUCCUGCUGUCCGUGAUGGUCCCCUCUCCACUCUCCUCGGGCGUCCUCCAAAGCUCCGCAUCUGGGGACACGGAAGAGCAGGAAAGACGCAUUCCUCCCCGGCCCUCCCCCCAUCUCAGCCCCGCUCCCUCCAGCUCCUCCCAGUGCCUUCCCGGUGCCACAGCCCUGGACGGCCUCCAGCAGCCCCCGUGUCCCCAAGGAUUUGGGAAAGUGGGGAUCUCCUUGAGCGGAGGGCAGCUCUCGGCUGGGGCGGGGAGGACAGACGGAGAAGGGGCUUGUAGAGGAGGUGACACCUGGGGGGACAGGGACCGCUCUGGGUGGGGAGGCAGCUCUCAAGUCCCCAUCUGUUUCUUUGUCUCAGGAACUGGUGUUAUAGGAAGUGACCUGCCCCUUCUCUGGGCUUGUGCAGAGAGUCCCUAACCCUAACCCUAACCCUGACCCUGACCCUAGAGCUGCCUGGGGAGCGGCCUAGAGAAGGGCCUGACCCACGAGGAGAGGAAGGGACCAGGCAGAGACCCCGACGGGUGGGGUGGCCCCGUGGUCCGGUUCUGGCGUGGGGAAGGAAGGACAGACCUAGCGACACGCUGGGGGAGCUCUGUCCUCCGCACCUACUGGGGCUCUGGGAGGGGAGAGAUUGGCCCUUAUCACACAGGCUGGCCCCGGGGCCCAGCGUCGCACGGGAGAGUCUCCUCUGGAUGGGCCUGCCUUGGUCCUGGAGGCCUUGGCUGCGCUGCUGACUGACGCACCAGGAGCGGUGCAGAGGGGAGGCGCGGCAGAGACCCUGGCCCUCACCCCGCACCGGUCCCACGUCUGCUCGGGCCGGGGUUGUUCAUGGUCGAUGCACUCAGAGUUCCUGGGGCUGACGACCCCAGCAGCCUGGUGGCCCCCAGGACAGCGCGGCCGAGCCUCACCCCAUGUGCCCUCCUCAGCUGCCCAGCGGGAGCCCGGGUCCCAGGUGAGGAUCUCUGCCUGCCUCACCCCGGGGCCGGAGGCUGCACCGCGGCCACCACGUGCCCCCCACAGAUGCCCACCGACGGGGCCUGAUGGCUUCCUUCCUUGUGCCAAGUCACCCGGGAGCCCUGGUCCUGGUGGCCCUCCUCCACCCCAACUGUGUCCACCCAGGGCCACUUCUGGGAGCCUGCCAGCCUGCGGACUGCACCCACGGAGCUCCGGGGACCACCUCUGAGAGACUGUGACGCGGGGCUGCACGGGAGGAGAGGGGCAGAGGACGAGGGGCCUCCUUGGGGCUGAUUCGCAGAUGUGCCCCUUUCAAGCCCAGCUCUCACCCUCCGGGGGGCGGGAUCCCCAGCUCCAGCCUCUUGCUGGGCCAGCCUGAGAGGGCCUGAGAAUGGCACAGGGGAGGCUCUUCGCUGACCGCGCAGUGGAGCUUCUACAAAAUCAGACACCGACUUGAAUAAGACAACUCCCACUUUCCUGUGUGUGAUGUACUCUGCACCGGGCAGCAGCGUCUGGUCAGAGAAAUGUUCUCGUUUCGGGUGUUGUGAGAUCUUGUUGUCUGUCUCAGUUAAGAAGAAAGUCCUUUGAGUUCAAUCAAAUAAAACCUGGAGGCCUCCUGUUUCUGCCGCCUCGGAGGAGAGAGGGGCCGGCUGC